CUGAGAACUGAAGUGAACAAAGCACUCGAAGUUGCACGUGCUGGGAAGUUGAUCGGUGCCAGUUUAGAGGCAAUGGUCUAUCUGCACACUUCGGAUACCACACUUGCUGUACGGUUAAAGGAAGCAGCACAUGAACCCAAAAAUGAUGCUGAUGCAUUGCAUCGGAUCUUUAUAACAUCCCAGGUGGAGGUCCUUUCAUCCUUGGAAGAUGAACAGAUUGAAGGAAUACCAUACACAGGAGAGUAUGCUAUUCAAGGAGGAAGUAAAGUCUGGAUUGGCGUGUCCCGGGCAAAGGGAGAGAAAUGUGAAAGAUGCUGGAACUAUUCACCUCAAGUUGGUUCCUUUGAUGAUCAUCCUUCACUUUGCAGCCGAUGUCAUGAUGUCGUCACCAAAUAGGCAUCUCCCUGUGCUGAGUACACGGCAGAGGAAGUUACACAAGCCCUAGUGCAAUGAACAUGAGUGAUAUGGGGAUUAUACUGUGCUUCACAACGAAGCCCGUUUGCAAUUUUUUACUCCGUAUUAUUUUGGAAGCAGAAAAACUC